UUAACCUCCACGUGUGUUAGCUUUUCCGCUGGCGAUCGCGACUAGACUUGUGCCGCCAUGAGUCAUUACAACUUCAAGAAGAUAACAGUUGUCCCGUCCGCCAAGGACUUUGUGGACAUUGUCCUGUCCAAGACCCAGCGAAAGACGCCCACCGUCAUCCACCGCCACUUCAAGAUCUCCCGCAUCCGGCAGUUCUACACGAAGAAGGUGAAGUUCGCCCAGCAGACGUUCCACGACCGGCUGGCAACGGUGGUGGCCGAGUUCCCGAAGCUGGACGACAUCCAUCCGUUCUACGCCGACCUCAUGAACGUCCUGUACGACAAGGACCACUACAAGCUGGCGCUGGGGCAGGUCAACUCGGCCAAACAUCUCAUCGACGGCGUGGCUCGGGACUACGUACGUCUCAUGAAGUUCGGCGACUCGCUCUACCGCUGCAAGCAGCUGAAGCGAGCGGCGCUGGGUCGGAUGUGCACCAUCAUGAAGCGGCAGAACCAGAGCCUCCAGUACCUUGAACAGGUGAGGCAGCACCUCGCCAGGCUCCCCUCCAUCGAUCCCAACACCCGCACCAUCCUCGUGUGCGGGUUCCCAAACGUCGGGAAGUCCAGCUUCAUGAACAAGGUCACCCGGGCAGACGUCGAAGUCCAACCGUACGCCUUCACCACCAAGUCGCUGUUUGUGGGUCACUUGGACUACCGCUACCUUCGCUGGCAGGUGGUGGACACGCCAGGGAUCCUGGACCACCCCUUGGAGGACAGGAACACCAUCGAGAUGCAGGCUAUCACUGCUCUGGCCCAUUUACGGGCAGCGGUUCUGUUUGUGAUGGACAUAGCCGAACAGUGUAGCUACUCCAUCGAGCAGCAGAUACAGCUAUUUGAGAACAUAAAGCCCCUCUUUGCCAACAAGCCUCUGGUGGUGGCCCUCAACAAGACUGACAUCAUCACUCCCGAAGAGCUCAGGGAAGACGCCAGGGUCGCGCUGGCAAAGCUGGAAGAAGACGGAGUCACCCUGCUCCCCAUGAGUACGCUCACGGAGGAAGGGAUCACGGCGUGAAGACACAGGCGUGCGACAUGCUCCUGGCUCAGCGGGUGGAGGUGAAAAUGAAAGGCAAGAAACUCCCCGACGUCCUGAACCGUCUCCACGUGGCCAUGCCCACCCUGCGCGACGGGGCUGAGAGAACUCCGUUCAUUCCUCCAGGAGCCAAGCUGAGGAAAAAUCGACCAGCCGACGGGGGCAGCAUGGAUGUGGAAACAGCAAGAGGUUCCGAAGAGGCUCCAAAUGUAGCUCUCCCGAAGAAGAAAGUGGAGAGGGACAUUGAGCUGGAGAUGGGCGACGACUAUUUCCUGGACCUGAAGAAGCACUACCAGCUGGAGAACGGUGAGGAAAAGUAUGACAUCAUCCCUGAGAUCUUCGAGGGGAAGAACAUUGCCGACUACAUCGACCCGGAGAUUCUUGAGCGACUGGAGGAGCUGGAGAGAGAGGAUGAGAUGAGGGAGGCGGUCGGGGUGUACGACUCGGAGCCGGAGGACGAGGAGACAGUUAAGACUCGGAAGAUUGCCACAGCGAUUCGCAGAAAGCGAUCGCUGAUGCGGAAGCAGAGCUGGUUGAAGAGGUCGCGGAAUGCACCCGUCAUGCCGAGGAGCAAGGGCCCCGCUGUGAGACUGAGUCGCCCGAGAGUUAGGACUAGUGAGAGGAUGGACGUGGAUGGGAAGGAGGGUGAAAGAGACGACUCAGCAGCUCCGUCUGUUGCUGGAAAGAAGAGGAAGCGGUCGAGGUCUGCCGUGUCAGUGAUGGCCCGCUCCCAGUCCCAGGGUCGCUCCAGCUCCCGCGACCUCCGUGAGAGGUCAGGGGUUCGUGACUCCGCCAUGCUGGAGGCUGCAGUGAAGAAGCAGCGGUUGUCACAGAGACCACUGGGCCGUCUGGGGAAACAGGGGAUCUGGGACAGACAUGUCUACACCCUGAAACCCAAGCAUCUAUUCUCCGGGAAGAGAGGCAUUGGAAAGACUCAGCGAAGAUAGUAGUGUUACGUAAUUAUAGCGCG